CAGUUUUUCACCGCCUAGGCAGUCGUGCCACGGCCCCACUGGUCCUGAUUAUCCAAGCAUGGCAAUAUUUACAUUAUUUCAUCUCCAUCUCCAUCUGUUACCUCUAUCUCAAUCCUGCUACUAUGGUGUGAACCAAUAUAAUACUGUAUCAGCUAGAAAGCUCUGUCUUGACACCUUUUUAGCUCAGCGGUAAAGUUCGACAUAUGGCUUAUCCUCCAUAUUUUAGCAAUAUCGCCUCUAAGUCAGCAUUCAACGCUCGCUUCAAGUCUGAGAAUGGCAAGCCUUUUGCUGAACUAGACAGUGUAUCCGCCAGUCACUGGGGACAGCCCCAUCUACUCGCCUGUCGUGUAAUACGGCGGAAGGCUCAAGCCAACUUGCUUCCGAUUAUCUCUAAUUAUGCAGCCAACUCAGACUUGCAGUCUCCGCCCAAUGAGAUCAAAACUUUUUUGCAAGGCCCCAAUCCCGCUCAUAUAACACAAAGCAAGCAUUUUCUGGUGCAGAAGGCAGGUUAUAUGUGAACCAAUAUAAUACUAUAUCAGCUAGAAAGCUCUGUCUUGACACCUUUUUAGCUCAGCAGUAAAGUUUGACAGUUAUGAGCCUAGGAGGUAACUAUAUUUGGUACCUAUAACUUCCUCUAAAAAACCCUUGAUAUUACAAGUUUAACUCUGAGAUAGU